AAGACGUAUGCCCACAUGGCUUCCUGCACCAAAACUGGUGAAGGGCAAGGAGAGACGCUGGCGAUGGGGUGUUCAGGACGUCUACUGUUUUAUUGUUCAGUCAUCGUAUCCCUUGCUGCUCUCGCCCUUGCAGAUGAAUCUGAUCCUUAUUUUGAGUGUCGACACGUUGAGGACAAAGGCAACUACACUGCAAACAGCACCUACCAGGCCAACCUCAAUGGCAUCGUCUCCCAACUUUCCUCUCUUACAGAAUUCAAUUACGGGUUCUUUAAUCUGUCUGCAGGUGAAAGCCCUGACAAGGUCAACGCAAUCGCACUAUGCUCGGGGGACAGAACCCAAGAUGAAUGCAACAGUUGCCUUAACCACACCGCAACAGUGCUCCUGCAGCGCUGCCCAUGGUACAAGGAGGCCACCGCAUGGUAUGAGUUUUGCUUGGUGAGGUACGCCAACCGAGACAUCUUUGGACAACUGGAAAACGAGCCCCGUACUUGUGCCUACAACGAAAGGAAUGCAUCGAACCCUGAGCAGUUCAAUAAUGGAUUAAGUGAACUCUUGAAUAAUCUAAGCAGCAUAGCCGCAGCCGGGGGUCCUCUUCGCAAGUAUGCAGCUGGUAAUGCAUCGGCUGGUAACUUGCAAAAGGUAUACGCUGCGGUGCAGUGUACUCCUGAUAUGGACGAGCAAAAUUGCACUGCUUGUCUAAAUCACGGAAAGCAAGAGUUUUUAAACUGUUGCUACGGAAGGAUAGGAUGCAGGGUUCUUAGACCUACUUGUAUCUUGAGGUAUGAGUCUGACCCCUUUUAUAAUCAGACUUUAGUUCCUCUACCGUCAUCGCCACCAUCUCCAACACCACCUGGUCCAACUUCUCCUCCGACGCCAAGAGGAGGGAAGGGCAAUAACACUACUCGAACUGUCAUCAUUGUUAUUGCAUCAGUUGUGAGCUUUCUGAUACUAAUUAUCGUCUCCAUAUGCAUCUUUUCAAGACGAAGAAAGCCAUUCGAGAAAGUUGAAACUGCGGAUGUUCAGAUUACUGGGGCUGAGUCCUUGCAAUUCGACUUUGCAACUGUUCUGGAUGCAACUAAUAACUUUUCUGAUGCAAAUAAGCUUGGACAAGGAGGAUUUGGAGCUGUUUACAAGGGUCAGCUUCCAAAUGGACAAAAGAUUGCUGUGAAAAGAUUAUCUAGGGGUUCUGAACAAGGAGACUUAGAAUUUAAGAACGAGGUCCUGUUAGUGGCCAAGCUUCAACACCGCAAUUUAGUUAGGCUCCUUGGUUUCUGCUUGGAAGGGCAAGAAAGGCUUCUCAUCUAUGAGUUUGUGCCUAACCGAAGCCUUGAUCAUUUCAUAUUCGAUCCAAUCAAGCGUGCACAAUUGGAUUGGGAAACACGUUACAAAAUCAUAGCAGGCAUUGCGCGUGGACUCCUUUACCUUCAUGAAGAUUCAAGACUUCGGAUAAUUCAUCGUGAUCUUAAAGCAAGUAAUAUUUUGUUAGAUACAGACAUGAUUCCUAAAAUUGCAGAUUUUGGGAUGGCAAGGUUGUUUGGACAAGAUGAAUCACAAGCCAAUACUAGCAGAAUUGUGGGAACCUAUGGAUAUAUGGCUCCAGAGUAUGUUAUUAAUGGGCAAUUCUCAGUGAAGUCAGAUGUCUUCAGCUUUGGUGUACUACUUUUAGAAAUCAUCAGUGGUCAAAAAAGUAAUCGCUUCCGUUACGAAGAGACUGAGGAGUACCUACUGAACUUUGCAUGGAGAAAUUGGAGAGAAGGGACAGCAUUGAAUCUCAUCGAUCCCACUUUGAGUGAUGGUUCCAGAGAUGAGAUGAUGAGAUGCAUCCACAUCGGGCUACUAUGUGUUCAAGAAAACGUAGCUGGCAGACCAACCAUGGCUUCGGUUGUUUUCAUGCUCAAUAGCUUCUCCACCACCCUCGCGGUGCCGUCACAACCAGCAUUUGCUCUGCAGAGCAACAAUAUCGAAUCCGACAGGUCAUCUUCUUUGGGAACUAAUUCAUGGCCGUCAGAGUCCAACCAAUCCAAGAACGAAUUACUCCCAGUAUCCCAGAACGAGGUUUCGAUUACUGAACUAUCUCCUAGAUAUUAUCACUAUUGUUUAGGUCCAGAUAAUGAUACUGCCACUGCUGGUUAUAAAUCUAACCUUACAGAUGUCCUGGAUUCUAUAUCCUCUAAAGCUUCCGACCACAGCUUUUAUAAUGAUAGCUUGAAUGGAAUUUACAGUCUCUUCCUUUGCAGAGGUGAUGUUUCUAGCGAUGUAUGCCAGGAUUGUGUAAGCAAUGCUACUCAAACACUCACACAAAGAUGCCCUUCUGAUAAAAGUGCAAUCAUAUGGUAUGAUCAAUGCAUGUUACGCUAUUCAAAUAUCAACAUUUUUGGCCUGGUACGGCUUCUUCCGGGGGUGUCAAUGUGGAAUACUCUGAAUAAAACUUCACCUGAUGAAGGAAAUAUUGGAGCCCAAGUGCAGCAGAGAUCUCAAUGUCAGUGCAUGUUCUUCUUGUUUGAGAGACUUGUUAGACCAGACAGAGAAUUGCUGCAUAGAGAAAAGAGGAUGGCGAAUUUAACUCCAAGUUGCUAUAUAAGGUAUGAGAUGUACCAGUUCUAUGAGCAACCAUCAGCUCCACCACCUGAGAAUGAAGAAUACUCAGAAGAGGGAACAAGUCAAGUGAUUUUGUUAAGAAGUUGUCAAGGAUCAAAGCGUGCCGAUUUGAUGGAGGCAGGUAUUCAUCUAUCAGAUGAGGAUCACAGCGGAGAGCUGCAUCACAUCAAUUUAGCCACCAUACAGUCUGCAACAAACAACUUCUCCAGGGGAAAUAAGCUUGGAGAAGGUGGUUUUGGCCCAGUUUACAAGGGAAAAAUGCCUAACGGGAAGGAGAUUGCAGUUAAAAGGCUUUCGUUGAAAUCAAGACAGGGUCUUGAAGAGUUCAAGAAUGAAGUGAAGUUAAUUUUUAAGCUUCAACAUAAAAAUCUUGUGAGGCUGUUGGGAUAUUGCUUGGAGGAAAAUGAAAAGCUUCUCGUCUACGAGUACAUGGCUAACACCAGCUUGGAUGCCUUUCUGUUUGAUCCAGAAAAAUGCAAGGUACUAGACUGGGAAAAACGCUCAAACAUCAUUAAUGGAACUGCGAGGGGCCUUCAGUAUCUGCAUGAGGAUUCUCGGCUUAAGAUAAUCCAUAGGGAUUUGAAAGCAAGCAAUGUUUUGCUAGAUGAUGGUAUGAACCCUAAAAUAUCAGAUUUUGGAACAGCAAGAAUUUUUGGAGGCAAUCAAAUCGAAGCCAACACUGAGAGAGUUGUUGGCACAUAUGAAUACAUGGCACCAGAAUAUGCACUAGAAGGGUUGUUUUCAAACAAGUCUGAUGUUUACAGCUUUGGAAUCCUAAUGCUAGAAAUAUUAAGUGGUAAAAAGAACAGGGGAUUCUACCGCCAGGACUGUGGCCAAAGCCUUAUAACAUAUGCAUGGCAGCUAUGGAAAGAUGGCAGAGGACUGGAGUUGAUAGAUUCAAACAUUGCUGAUGGCUGUCCUAUUCACGAUGUUGCGAGAUGGAUACACAUUGCAUUAUUGUGUGUUCAGGAUGACCCUGCCCUUAGGCCUACAAUGUCAUCAGUUAUUCUCAUGCUUGGGAGCAGAUCAGUUAAUCUCCCCCAGCCAUCAUCACCCCCAUAUUCUGCAGCAAGAUUUGUUACAACAUCUGAUCUAUCUUCAACUACUCAGACAGGGACAGGGAUUCUAACAUCUGGUCAGUCUUCAACCACUGCAUCUUCCUAGCUCAGGAGAUCAAGUGUUAAAAGAGACAGACUUAAUAGGUGACCUUACAGGUUCUGACUAUAGUUACUUUUGGGGAGAAUGAUGCAUUCUG